UUGGUCCGAACUCUCAUCCGUAAGCGUCUGAAUUUGAUGGAAGACUAUCUAAAUUUCGGCAUUGUUUGCAAAUCCUGGCACUCUGUACCCACCAAAAGCAAUUUCACUAGUGACCUGCCUAGAAUUCCAUGGCUGAUGUUACCUGAAGAGGAAAAGGAUAAAAGCUGUCGAAAAUUCUAUAGCCUCUAUACUGGCAUGAUUUUGAAUAAGAGGAUUCCUAAGGCCGUUGGGAAGCGAUGUAUGGAGUCUAUGGGAUGGCUUAUCACAGUAGGUGAAGAAGAGGGUGAAAUUAGUUUACUACAUCCUUUCUCUGGCGUUCAGAUUGAAUUACCUCUUCAAAAUACUACAGAAUAUUAUGACAAUGUAAAAACUGAAUGUCCAAGUGUGUUUAUUCGUAAGGCGGUUUUGUCUGCUAGUGCCUCUCACACAUCGAACUUUGUUCUCAUGGUCAUUGAGGGAGAUACGAGAAUGCUCAGUUUUUGGCGACUUGGGGAUUCAAGAUGGACUCGAAUUCGUUGGGUUCCAUUUCCUUAUCGUUGGUUUGUUGAUAUGGUAUAUCUUAGUGGCUUCUUUUAUGCAGUCAAAAUUCAUGGUGAGGUCCUAGUCUGUGAUGUUGCUGAUCCUGAACCCUUUAAACCAAGUCAUGUCGUGUUGAAUCUACCAGUUGGUCCUCGAAACCAUUUAGCUAACGUAUACAUACUAGAAUCACUAGGAUCAUUAUUUGUAGUUAUGCGAUAUGGCGUUUAUCUAUCGCCUGUCAAUGAUGAUUCUGACAGGACGAGGCUUCCGUUGAUGCACAUUCCAUGUGAACGCGAGAAGGAGCUCGAGGAGGAGGAAGAGAUAAGAUAUGGUAGAAGAGCUUUUCGAGUUUUUCAUGUCGGUUUAACUGCUGAUGACAAAGUAAAUGUUAACAUUGAUACUGGCCACUUAGUGCUGGGUCACCUUGAAUAAUAGAAGCAGCCAUUUGUUUUUUUAUAGUACUUUGUAAAUACAUGGUUUGUAAAAAAAAAACAUACGGAAAUAAUAUUUUUCACUUUACUUUC